AUGAGAAACUACAUUCACUUGUUUGGUUUAUCCUGCAUCGUUAACCAACUCUCACAAAAACAAUCACCAAAGAAUGCUCAACCAUCUUCUUCUUCUUUACCCCUUUUAAACAUUAGAUCUUCCUUACGCAUUCGACAUGAUAAGUGGUAUAUACCAUCUUCAUAUAACUUAACACAGCCACAAGCACUUUAUCGUAGAAAAGUGAAAGAGGAAAUCCUAUCGAAUCAUAUCUAUCUCACCUCUUCAGUUGUCUUGUCCUACGACAGAUUCUACCGUGAAAUUUCAAAAUUGAUUGGGAGUUGGAACGUCACAUAUCAAGAUCAACGUGACUCUAUAGUGGAAAGUACAAUGAGGCAGGUGCGUAGUAUCGCUGAGUCUAACAAAGGUCAUCGCGGAGCGUUGGAGUUAUCUGUAGAUGUAAAAUUGGUAUGCCACCAUGUUCUUGAUGCAAGGAUUUUGUUUCCCGAAGAAGAGUUAUUAUCACAAUAUGGUAUGGUGCCAGCUAGUAAGUCAUCCAUGGAGUUGUUAAAGAAGACGAAGAUUGAUGAAGAAAAUAACAAGGAGGAAUGUAUGGUGUGUCUAGAAGAGCUUGUGAAGAAAGAACCUGAUCAUGAUAUACUUAGCAUGCCUUGUUCUCAUAUGUUUCAUGGAGAAUGUAUCGCCAAGUGGCUAGAGACAAGCCACUAUUGCCCUAUUUGUCGCUAUGAGAUGCCCAUGGAUGAAGAACCGAUGGUCGAACAGACGAACAAUUAAAUUUUACCUACUUUUAUUAUAGUGUGUGCUUUUAGAGUCGUGUGUAUGCAAGAACACUAUAGUACCAAUAAACAGUUUUAGCAAAUCUUUGGAGAUAAUCAUAUGUAAAAAUAGUGGUAGGAAACAAUAUUUGACCCGAUUGUUUGAAAU